AUGCGGAAGUUCGAACAUCAACCUGACAAGGGCGGCCCGAAAGGAAGCGCAAAGGCUAGAAUACAGCUGCCGAUAGCGCAACCAGCUGCUAAACCGGCGACAAAUGGGUCUUCAGACUCACCAAACAUCACCUCGUCAAGUACAGAUCCUUACAAAGCAGCUCGCGAAGCUCUCGAUCGCGAUGGCUUCGUCGUUCUAUCUGCCUCGCUAUUUCCGUCUUUUGAUCUUGACGCCCUUCGCGCCGCUGCCUCACGCAUGACAGAAGCAGCACGAUCUGGAAAGUGGCCGUAUAUACGUACGCUACCGAAGCAGUUUCCACCAUGGCCGCAGGACCCUUCAAGUGGGAUCUGGGGCGUCCAGCAUCUACUCCACCCAUCGAAUUCAGAUCAUCUUACGUUCGCAAAGUCGUAUUUCGACAGCGAGCUGCUGAAAUACGUCGGAGCACUAAUUGGUUGUGGAGAAGACGACCUGACCAUGGAGCUGUACAACAUGCUCGUCCGGCCGGAUAAAGAUUUCAGUCUGCGGUGGCAUAGAGACGACAUCGCAGCGACAGCAACAUCAGAAGAAGAGCUGGAACGACUGCAAAAGCCAGGACAUCACGCACAGUGGAACCUUGCACUGUAUGAUGACAGCAGUCUGGUCCUUGUGCCUGGCUCGCACAAACGUGCACGCACUGACACAGAGAGGAACGCGGAUCCGUACGAAGCACAUAUGCCCGACCAGCUUACUGUGCAUCUGAAAGCGGGGGAAGUUGCAUUCUACAAUAACAACAUUCUCCAUCGCGGCGUAUACGACAGCACGAAAGAGAGGAUGACGCUGCAUGGCAGUAUCGGGACAACGCUGGCUGGGAGCGAACGAGCGAGAAACGUGCUACAGCACGGUGUUGGUGACUGGGCGAAGGAAUACAACUUUGACGAUUUUGAACCUGAGAUGGCCGCAAGAGCGAAGAAGAUGAGAGAGAAGCUUGUGGAGAUGGGCAAGGAAAGUGGGGAUGUCGGCUUCUUCUCGAAGGAUGAGUGA